GUCGUAUCGAUUUUUGACUAUCUCCUCCGACGAACUAACAUUUUUUUUUUUGACGGAAAAUAACCCUAGAAAGCAAAAUUGAGUAAAUUGGGAAAGCCCUAAUUUCUUGAGAAGAUUUGGGAUUUAGAUUUUAGGGUUUAUGCAAAGUUUGUUUCUUUGUAGAAUCUUGUUUUAUUUCGUAAGAGAAAGAUGGAUACAGAAGCGCAAAAGUCUUCGUUGAACCCAACGGCAAUGCUCUCUUCUGCUCUAAGUAGGAGAGCCAAGCUCCAAGAAGAUCUUCGAAACAUUGAAAAACAGGUGUAUGAUAUGGAGACCAGUUACUUGCAGGAUCCAAGCCAAUGUGGCAAUGUGUUAAAAGGUUUUGAUGGAUUCUUGUCCUCAUCUAAGAACACUGCCCUCACGAAGCGGUCUAGGAAGUUUCAGCCUGAAGAUAGACUCUUCUCAUUGUCUUCUGUCACAUCACCAGCGGCCGAAGAAAUAGCAGCUGCACGAGACGAUGGGAGAUCAGACUUUGGUCCAGGCCGGUCUAAGGGUGGAGGAAUAUACGCCAAUGGACAGGGAAAACCGAAAAAGGGUAGACCUACGCCUAGAGAUGCAAAGAGGGUCAGGCCAAGUGAACAAGAUUAUGACUACGAAGAUGAUCCCGAUCUGACAAUGUAAAGCGUUAAGCCUCAGAUAAGCGUUUCGGGUUUGGAAAGUGUCAGUAGUAGCCCAUUUUUACCAUUGUAGUUAAUGUUAUAUGAGGCUGCAAACUAGUUAUAUAUAUAGUUCAGUUCCUGCUUAAUUUAUUUAGCCUUUUGUCGUGUACAAAAUAGCACCUCGACUAUGAAAAUGUAUUCAUCGAAAUUAAAGAGUUUCGAAUUCUUAA